AUGUGCAACCAGACGCGCUACCUCAUCUUUUUCCAAUACAUUGGAACUAAAUACAGUGGUGCGGUCAAAGUACCUCCACAUCAACUAGGGAAAAAGGGGGUUCAAGAUCACUUGGAGGAUGCAAUAAGAAGACUGAGACCCCUCAACCCAGUGUCUCUGUCCAUUUCUAGUAGGACAGACCGGGGUGUUCACGCUCUCUCCAAUUCAGCCCACUUUGAUUUGCAACGAAAGAAUGACAAGCCACUAUUUACGGAGGACGUUCUGGUCGAGGCACUUAAUUUCCACCUUAAAGAUGAAGAGAUUAGCAUCACCCGUGCCUAUCGCGUGCCAGCUGAUUUUCACGCUCGUUUUCGAGCUCUCUCCCGAACGUAUGUCUACCGCAUCGCCCUAGGUGUCUCCCAUCGUUCUCAGCUUCCCCUCACAGAACGCAACAUGUGCUGGAAUCUUCGUAACACGGAACUCGAUGUGGGAGCCAUGAGCGAAGCGGCUACCGUUUUGGCCGGGACUCACGACUUCAGCAGCUUCAGGGCCGUCAACUCCGACUUGCCUUUUAAAAACCCCGUAAAGACCCUGGAUGUCGCCAGGAUACAUCCUGGAAGAGCAUUUGUAUGUGAGCACUUCCACAGAGAGAUUCCAUUCUGGGAGUUCACUUUUCGAAGCAAAUCCUUUCUGUACAAACAGGUGCGUAGAAUGACAGGGGCCUUGGUGGCCGUGGGCCAGGGGAGGAUCUCACUUGGCGAGCUGAAAGAAAUCCUGGAGGCUCGGGACUCUCUGGCUUAUCCACCGAACAUAGUCGCUCCGGCCUGUGGCCUCUUCCUCACCAGGGUGGACUACAAUCAGUCAGACCUGCUACCGUCACCGCAAACCUCAACUGCAGCCUCCGACGGGUGA